UAGAGAGACCUAUACACAGCGAGGGGCAGGUAGCACGUAUCAUCAGAGAUGGCUUACAAUGACCUCAGAGAUUUUAUUUGUGAUUUUACACUUGACGAAUGUUCUAUGGGGAACCAGGGCUAUAACCGGGUGCUGCUGCAGCUCUUCGGGUAUUUGGGGCACGGAAAAUCCUCCUUCAUCAACUCCUGUAAGUUUGUCCUGGACGGGGAGUAUAAGAUAAUCGCUGAGGCCGGAAUAAAAGACGGCGGUCUAACCAUGGAGAGAAAGUCCUACAGAGUAACGGACUCCAUCACCCUGGUGGAUAACAGAGGCUUCGGGUUCAUGAACGACUUCGAGAAAAUCGAAAUCUACGCCCAGCUGGCUAAUUUUGUUCCACUUGAUGAGCCAGUUGAGUGGAAAAAAACUUACAACGAGAUCGUGGACGGGCUGCAGAAGGCAGAAAUGGAUCCCCAAUUUACCGAUCUCAUCGUUCCUAUCCUUAUCUACAGCGUGGUGCAGGCAUUUGCCAAAGAGGAAGAGUCUACCCUGAAAACGUUCAUUUCAACGUGCCGGAAGAUGACAGGAAUCACCCCGAUCGUAGUCCUCACCAACAAGACAAGUGGAAAUUUUAAAGAAUUUAAGCAGAAGUUUGAGCGUUUCGGAGCCGAGGUGGUGUUUGGGGUGGAGAAUUACACGGAGGACGACCAUCUAGAGACACGCGGGAGACAUAUGGACAUAUUAAACAUUCUAAAAAACGCGUUGGACGACGUCCGAUUCCGAAUGCAAAAGGAGCAGAACCCAAAGACAGAACAGAGCACUCGUAAGACGUUCCUUCUGAAGAUGGCACACGAAAUCGAUAAACCCCAAGAAGACCGAGAAAACGAGAGGCAGGAAGAACGCAAACAGCCGGCCAAUCAAAGUGGGGGGUGGUUUCCGUGGAAUUUAUUUAGGAAGAAAUAAUAAAACUUUAGUAAUCAGCAGUUAAUCGACCAAUAACACUAUUAUAUUAAUAUUAGGAUAAUGAUUAAUUAUAUCAUGCGGUUAAUAAUUAUCUCAGGAAAAUAAUAACUAGUAACAGACACCGGUAAAUGAAUGCUUAAAGACAGGGGUCCCCAACCACCGGGCCUCGGACCGGUACCGGCCCAUGGCCUAUAAGCAACCAGGCCGCACGGCGCUUCAAACGCCGUCUUUUUUCCCGACGCGGAGGAGCGACAGGGGCGCCGGGCGGUCACUCAUGAAGUUUUCAGCAACUGCUCGGCGCCCCCCAGUCUCUUCCGCGAGGCCUCUAGCUCCUUUCAUGCGGAGUCCAGCGCUCAGCAGUGCGCUCCGCGGCAGAGCAGGGAGACAGAGGCCUCGCGCUCCCACCAUAGGACUCCAGGACAGUAAGUGAACUUCAAAGGGGGGAGAGGGGGUCGAUACUGAGAAAGGGGGUGUAGAUAGUGAGAAGGGGAGUUAUUCUCCGAAAACAAUUCAGCAGGUUAGCGUUGGCAGUUAGUUUUCUCUCCUUGCUUUUCUUUAUGACCGUUAACCAUUUAUAAGCCGGUUAUAUCUCUCUCUCUCUAUAUAUAGGGAUUCUUUGUUUAAAAUGAUGGGGCCAUAUCGAGGCUGACGGGUAUGUUUUUCUUACGCAUAUAAGCUUUAAUAGCCAUUCUGUUUCACGCUCUGCUUCGUUUUGGAUUUAUGUCAUUUUUGUGAUUUUUAAUAAAUAACUAUAAUUUUAUUCUCAGUCCUUGCUUAUAGUUCUGCUCCUUUAUUGAUCGUGAGACCAAUCCACGGUGUAAAAUUGAGAUUUGGCGACUGAUCACGAACCAAUCACAUGCUGAUAAUUCCACUCAAUGGUGCAACCUUCUGGCCUUCAGGAUCUCCUCGCUGAUAAAUAGCAAUAAACGGUCCACUGGCUGGCUGGUCCUGUGAGGGGAUGGAUAGCUCCGACUAAUAAAUCUUGACUGAUGGAGGAAAACCAGGUUAAGCUUGGGAGGGAAGGGGAUUAAAGCGCCUUGCUGAUUGGGGAAUGAGUGUUUAUCUAUACUUGUGCCGCGCAGGGAUUGGUUGGAUGUAAAUAUACACAUUUUCUUUUGUUUC